UUUCUGUAGCACAACGUGCACCAUGUCUGCGGAGGACAUUUCAAUCUACGCGCCCGAGUCGGGCGGCGAGGAGUCCUUUUCAGCCGAGAAAUCGCGAACCAAGUAUCAUAUGCAGGGAGAUUCAAUCGUGAUCGAUGAAACCGAAUCCGAGGGCGAGGAAGUCCAGGAAAGCACCACACUGGAUGAGAGUGAAGCAAAAGAGGAAGUGGAAGAGGAAGAGGAAGAGGAGGAUGAUGAAAGUCUGGUGCGUCGGAUGAAGAACCGGCAAAGCAAGCGCAUGUCGCUACAUCCGCGGCAGGCCGACGAAAACACGAGCAGCGAGACGGAGCAGGAGAGCAGUAACGCGGCGAUAAGCGCGUCCGCCGAUCUGGAGAGUGACCUGACGGUAGAAGAAGACCAAGAUGAGGAAGACGAUGAACGGCAGGUUGAAUAUCGUGCCUAUUCGCCGGCAACACGACGCAGCAUCCAUGGCCUGCAGCCUGCUACGUCCAGCGAGGACGAGAGUGAGGAAGAGCAGGAGCGCAGCGCAGCGACAGUGGGCAAUGAGAGCGAUAAUGAAAUCGUAGCAACCCGGCGAGUCACGAAAAAACGUUUAGUGAUCUCUUCCGACGAAGAGGUGGGCAACGAAACCGGAGCGGACAACGAAACUGCCAGCUCUGCCCACGACAGCUCCAAAACGGAACACAAUUCGUUCGAAGCUUCACUGACGAUGCACAGUUUUGAUGCCGCCGGUGAUGGUGCAGCUCCGACGACGAAGAAAGCUGCACCGUUACACGAGUCAUCGCCUAUGGUGAGUGUGUCUGGGAACCGGAUAUCAUCAAUUCCUUUCCCCGGUGGCCACCGUGGUUUACCUUCGCAUGGUGACGGAGAUGUAAACGAUUCCAUCAGCAUGAAGCUGUCAUCUACAUUAAAAACGGAUCAGGAAGAUCAGUCGGAGAUCAUGCCUUCGUCGGUGGACGGUCGGGCGGAUAAAGUGGCGACAGCCGUCGGUCGCCCUUCGCCGAACUUAAAGGAAGUGAACGCCGAGAAGAUGUCUUCAUCGCAAAUUCAAGAGAAAUUCGCUGCUACACCUGUUAAAGAUGAGGAUAAGUCUAGUAGUGUGGAGUUGAUAGAAAAAUCGGAAGAGAUACUCUGCCUUAGCAGUGAAGAUGAACCGGUGGCGGUGGUUGCGGAACAACCCCAACCAGCGUCGGAGCGUCGUUCGGUGCCGCAAACACUGGUGCAACCUACGAUAACGGCAUUCGUGCGAGAACGUGUCUCCCAGAGUGAGUACGAUGCCAAUGUCCGUAAGAUGGCCGACCUCAAGUCACAGCUCGUGCUGAUUGAGAAUGUGAUGCGCACCAGCAAUCGGUUGCCGGACAAGGGGGCCGGGUUAGUACGUCGGAUGGCCAAGAUUAAGCAACAGAUUUUUGAACUUUCCAAAGCGAUCGAAAUUACGCGACCAACACCGAAGAAGGGCAUUAAGCAAACGAUCCGGCAGCAGUACGAUCAAAGCUUGGAGAAUUCGGGCAACGCCAGUGGCAACACGAGCGAAGGGACCAGCGCAGGAACUGGCGCAGGGGCAGGCGCAGGAGGAGCAGAACAAGGCGAUGCCAAGCAGCAUCACAUUAGCUGGGAUGUACUGAAGAAGGCGACGGAUGACAUACAGCCACGGUUCACCGGGAAACAGGGCAUUACCACCUUCGAAAACCAGAAGCUACUUACGCUGGAUCGAUUGCAGACGCUGCACAAGUCGAUCGAAUCGUGCCCCAGCGAGGACACGCUGGCUGAUCCACCGAAGCUGUUGAAGAUCGAUUUGAUGAACCACCAACGGCAUGCGCUGGCAUGGAUGCUCUGGCGUGAGUCACAGAAACCGCGCGGUGGCAUCCUGGCCGACGAUAUGGGUCUCGGGAAGACGCUCAGCAUGAUCUCGUUGAUAUUGAAGGUGGCCGAGAUGGAUCCGGACGGUGAGCAGCUGACCCGGACGUUGGAUAGUGAUGAGGAGAACGAGGAGAACGAAAGCCCCGCGGCGUACGGUGGUUGGAAGGCAAAGGGCCGUAAGGAUUACUAUGCCGGUGGAACGCUGAUCGUUUGCCCGGCCUCGCUGAUGCGCCAGUGGGAGGGCGAGAUCACGAACCGUGUCAAGCGGAACUCGUUGGCCGUUUGCGUGCAUCAUGGUACGCAGCGCGACACGAAACCACGGCACAUCGCCAAGUACGAUGUGGUCAUCACGACCUACAACAUUGUGUCGCGUGAAGUCAAGGAUCUCGAAACCGGUGGUGGCGGCUGUCUGUUUGGCGUGAACUGGGAGCGCCUUAUUCUCGACGAAGCGCACGUGAUUCGGAACCACAAGAGUGCCAUGUCCGAUGCGUGCUGUAAGCUGCGUGGUCGUUUCCGCUGGGUACUGACCGGUACACCGAUCCAGAACAAGGAGAUGGACGUGUACGCGUUGAUGAAGUUCCUGCGCUGCUCACCGUUCGACGAUCUGCAGCACUGGAAGCGCUGGGUCGAUAACAAGAGUGCGGGCGGGCAGGCGCGUCUUAACACGAUCAUGAAGUCGAUCAUGCUGCGGCGAACGAAGAAGCAGCUGCAGGACCGUGGUUCGCUCAAAACGCUGCCAACGAAAACGAUCGAGCUGAUCGAGGUGACGCUGGACACGGACGAAAUGAACGUCUACCAGAAGGUGCUGCUGUACUCGAAGACCCUGUUCGCCCAGUUCCUGCACCAGAGGGCGGAGAAGGAACAGGAGAAAGCUUACGGUGGUGGAUUCUAUGGGCGGCCAACGUUUGCCGGUCGUGGCGCUACCGAUGCCUUCGAGAAGGUGCACCAAAGGCUGAAGCGAAUGCACAACAAGCAGGAGGAGAGCGAGGUAAAGCAGUUUCAGAUUUUGGUGCUGCUGUUGCGCCUUCGCCAGAUUUGCUGCCACCCGGGCCUGAUCCACAACAUGCUGGGCGAUGACGAGGGCAACUUCGACAUCUCGGGCCACAGCAACGAGACAUCGAUGGAGGAUGAACUCGAUCUGCUGGGGCAGCUGAACAAGCUGAAUCUGAACGACGUGAUCGCGGAACAGGAAGCAAAGACGCAAAAUGGUGAUAAUCUGUCAUCGAUAUCGUUGAAUCUGUCCGAUAAACUCAAUCAACCCGAAGCAGUCAUCUCGAAGGCCUCGUCCAAGGUGAUGCUCAAGUCCAAUCCCGUGUUCAACCUAGAGCGUAUCAGCUCGAAGAUCGAGAAGCUGUUGCAGCUGAUUGAGGAGAAAAUUAUCGGCACCGACGAUAAGGCGAUCGUGGUUUCGCAGUGGACGAGCGUGCUCGAUAUCAUCGCUACGCAUCUGUCGGCCCGGAACAUUGCUCAUGUGUCACUGACUGGGAAGGUGCCGGUAAAGCUCCGGAAUGAUAUCGUCCUUGAUUUCAACAAACCGUCCACAAAGUCUAAGAUAAUGCUGCUGUCGUUAACGGCCGGUGGUGUCGGGUUGAAUCUCGUCGGUGCCAAUCAGCUGUUUCUACUCGAUCCCCACUGGAAUCCGCAGCUCGAGGCCCAAGCACAGGAUCGAAUUUAUCGUGUCGGUCAAACGAAACCGGUCCUUAUCUGGAAAUUCAUUUGCCAGGAAACGGUGGAACAGAAGAUACUCGCGCUGCAGGAGCAUAAGCUCCAGAUUGCGGACGGUGUGUUAACGGGUAAGGGCAACAAGGGCAGCAAGCUGACGAUCGAUGAUCUGAAGACGCUGUUCGGAGUGUAAAACGGGCACUGUGCCUGCCUGCCUGCCCACGCGACCACAAUCUGUGAUAGUACGAUGGCCCGGUGCCCACGGCGAGUUCUCUUGGCGAAUUAUGAUCACUGCUUGUCCGAAGAAUUGAUUCGAUAACGAUUUCUUUAAGAAUUUUUCCACACAUUUAAACACUUUGAAAUGAGUUUUGAAUGAUGCUUCGUUUGCUAGAAUAAAAUGGUACUUUCU